CGCUCCUCUGUCGCUCGGGUUGACAAUCACCUGCGACGUCAUCAAAGCGCGUCCGUGUGCUUUUGCGACUCGCUCCAGGCGGCGACAGGUUUCAAAUGGUAUUUUGUAAAUAUUGAAGGAGUCUAAAAUGCCUAUGAAAGGGAGGUUUCCGAUCAGGAGGACCCUGGAAUACCUGCAGAAGGGCGACAUCAUCUUUAAAAACAGAGUGAAGAUCAUGACGGUGAAUUACAACACACAUGGGCAGCUCAGCGACGGAGCAAGAAAGUUUGUGUUCUUCAAUAUUCCUCAGAUUCAGUACAAAAACCCAUGGGUCCAAAUAAUGAUGUUCAAAAAUAUGACACCGUCACCGUUCUUGAAGUUCUACCUGGAUGAUGGGGAGCAAGUACUGGUGGAUGUGGAAGGGAAGGACCACAAACAAAUUUCGCAACAUGUUCAGAAGAUUUUGGGCAAAUCAGAGGAAGUGUUACAAGCUGAGGCUCGUGCCAAGAUGCAGGCCUCCAACCCCGCCAACUUUGGGCCAAAGAAGUACUGUCUGAGGGAGUGUAUCUGUGAGGUGGAGGGCCAGGUGCCAUGUCCUGGCACCACGCCGCUGCCCAAGGAGAUGACAGGCAAAUAUCGAACCCAGAUGGCAGCGUCACAGGAGUAAGACGCUGAGAAGGAGAGCAGAGUAUUGUUGAUUUACUGGACAAUAUUAUUUUAUUUUAUUAUUAUAGUUACGUUUGAUUUUGUACAAUUACAUAAAAGGACUAACACAUUGCAUAUUUUGUUGUAAAUGUGCACAAGUGAAUGGGCCCCACUAUUCUGUGUGCAUUGAGGAUCGUUAAUGCCUGGACUGACACCCUGCACUCCACCAUAAAUCCAGCAUAAACACUUGUCAGUGUUGGGGCAGUUUGGAUAAACUUGGCAUCACACCUUGUGUUUGUACACGAUGUGACCCGGUCAGGGAUCCCUCACAUCCGGAUGUGAGCUGAAUAUUGCAAUGUAAACAUUCAAAUAAAACCAAUAUUUACCCGAGCGGCAGUAGUAACCAGCCCACUUGUAGAAAAAAAUCAUAAUCCAAAGUAAUCACAACCACAAUAUUCUCAUUUUAGAGGCAGGAUCAAGUUUAGAUUGACUAGACACAGGGUUAUGACAUUUAUGAAAAAAAGAGAAAUUCAACCAUAUUUUACUGUAGUCAACUUUUUUUUUUAUUGGUGCUGAGAUGUAAUUUUCUAAAGUUAAUAAAUCGAUGUCUGUG